GUUCAUGGUCAAAGAAAAAAGGCAUUACUGAAAAGCUCCAAAAACAGUGUUUAGUCUGCUCUGCCCAUGACUUCACAGCUUUGUUGGAGGGAUUGAGAGUCCGCGGGGAGAGCCGACAAUCUGAGACAAUUCCAAAUAUCCCCAUGUGGGAUUCUUUCUACUAACUCAUCAUCUCAGCUUCUGCGUCAGUUGAUUGAAAACACUGGCUCAUUUCCUCUGACUUCCUUCUGGGCUAACUCUACUUUUCUUGCGUUCUUCUAGUUUGAUUGUUUUCUUCUUGUCUGGUUUCUUUCACCAUGUGGGAUUCUGAAACAGAAUCGGCAGGAGGACGAGGUUAUGGCAAUGGAGCUCUUUCAACGAGCAAGCCCGGAGUUCAGACAGAUGGUUUUGAGCGAAGAGGGCAGUCUUGGUAUGUUUCAACUGAUGUUCCGUGUGAUCUUUUAGUCCGGAUUGGAGAUGUCAGUUUCCAUUUACACAAGUAUCCUCUUCUUUCUCGAAGUGGGAAGGUGAACAGAAUUGUUUACGAAUCGCGGGACGUGAACUUGAAUAAGAUAGCUCUAGACGACAUUCCAGGAGGGCCUGAGGCUUUUGAACUGGCAGCAAAGUUCUGCUAUGGGAUUGCUGUUGAUUUGACAGCAACUAACAUCUCAGGCCUAAGAUGUGCGGCGGAGUAUUUGGAGAUGACUGAGGAUUUAGAAGAGGGCAAUCUUAUAUUCAAGACAGAGGCUUUUCUCAGCUAUGUUGUGUUGUCCUCAUGGAGAGAUUCCAUAGUAGUGUUGAAAAGCUGUGAGAACCUCUCACCGUGGGCCGAAAAUCUCCAAAUUGUUAGACGAUGUAGCGAGUCUAUUGCUUGGAAAGCUUGUGCGAACCCGAAGGGGAUAAGAUGGCAAUACACGGGAAAGGCCCCAAGCUCGAUAUCCAGCCCAAAAAGGAGUGAAAUGAAAGAAUCUAGCCCGAGUAGGAACUCCCAAGUUCCUCCAGAUUGGUGGUUUGAAGAUGCUUCCAUUCUUAGGAUCGAUCAUUUUGUACGAGUUAUUACUGCCAUUAAGGUGAAGGGGAUGAGAUAUGAACUAAUUGGAGCUGCAAUAAUGCAUUAUGCGAGUAAGUGGCUCACUGGUCUAAUCAAAGAGGGAUCUGGAUCGGGACCAGGAUCAGGGUCGGGGUCGGGGUCGGGAUCAGGGUCGGUGGGGCCUCUUGACGAGGGAAGUAAAAUUAGUAUUAGCAGCAGUGGCAGUGGCAGUAGCUGGAAAGGGGGACUUCACAUGAUUGUCACAGGAAGUAAAGAGGAAUUACCCACGGUUCAGGCUAAAGAUCAGAGGAUGAUUAUUGAAAGCCUGAUAAGUAUAAUCCCCCCACAGAGAGACAGCGUUUCUUGCAGCUUCCUUCUACGGCUGCUAAGAAUGGCAAACAUGUUGAAUGUGGCACCUGCUUUAGUUACCGAGCUGGAAAAACGGGUAGGGAUGCAGUUUGAACAGGCAACAUUGGCGGAUCUUCUGAUACCAUCUUACAACAAAAACGAUACCAUGUAUGAUGUUGAUCUCGUACAGAGGCUUUUGGAGCAUUUCCUGGUUCAGGAACAGCCAGAAAAUUCGAGUCCCAGGCAGUCAUCUUAUGAUACUAAAGUGUAUGAUGGAUUUCAAAGGGCGACUCAUUCAAAUGCCCAGAUGAGAGUGGCGAGACUCGUCGACAGUUAUCUUACAGAGGUAGCGAGGGACAAAAACCUCUCGUUGACAAAAUUUCAGGUCUUGGCAGAGGCCUUGCCGGAAUCAGCUAGAACUUGUGACGACGGAUUGUACAGAGCAGUUGAUUCCUAUCUUAAGGCCCAUCCAACGCUCACGGAGCAUGAAAGAAAGAGGCUCUGCCGUGUGAUGGAUUGCCAGAAACUCUCGAUUGAUGCAUGCAUGCACGCUGCCCAAAAUGAAAGACUCCCACUCAGAAUCGUGGUGCAGGUCCUCUUCUCAGAACAGGUAAAAAUAAGCAAUGCAUUAGCCAACAGCGCCCUGAAAGAAGCCGGUGAAUCCCAUUACCAGCCCAUGGUAUCAAACAGGAGAACACUACUCGAAGGAACUCCUCAAUCAUUCCAAGAGGGAUGGGCGGCAGCAAAGAAAGAUAUCAACACUCUAAAGUUUGAACUUGAGAGCAUAAAGGCAAUGUACCUAGAACUCCAAAACGAGAUGGAAACACUACAGAGACAGGUUGAUAAGGCGAGCAAGCCGAAACAAACGUCAGCAUGGACCUCUGGGUGGAAAAAGCUGAGCAAGCUGACUAAGAUGACAGAGAACAACAUUGUUGGGUCCCAGGAACAGAAUGCGGAUCACAGUCAACAUACUAGAAAGACUACUAGAAGGUGGAGAAAUUCGAUUUCUUGAAACAUCAGCAAGUCGUGAACAAAGAUACCAACAGAUAAGUCGUGCUUUAUGUCAUUUGAGAAAUGCACGUUUACAUAAGAUCUUCUUCCGGUAAAUUAGUUUUUACAAUUUACUUCAGAAAGUAGCAUUGUCUUAUUACAAACAUUUGUAUCCAGAGAUGGUUACUUACGUAGUAAUCAUGUCAUAGUUCAAUCGUACAUAUGUUUUAUGUGGUUGCAAAAUGACUAA